ACUCCAAGGCCAUAGUGGAUGGUAACCUGAAGCUGAUCCUUGGCAUGGUGUGGACACUGAUCCUCCACUACUCCAUCUCCAUGCCCAUGUGGGACGAGGAGGAGAAGGGGGCGACGGGGCAGCACAAGACCCGAAACAGAGGCUUCAGGAUGGAUCCAGAACAAGCUCCCAGAGAUCUCCAUCCACAACUUCAGCAGAGACUGGCAGAGUGGCAGAGCACGGGGGCACUGGUCAAACAGCUGUGUUCGGGUGAAUCACAGGGUUUGUGUGAGGGGCGGCCUGUGUGCAGACUGGAACCAGUGGGACAAACUAAACCAGUGGACAACGCCCGGGAGGCCAUGAAACAGGCUGAUAACUGGCUAGGCAUCCCUCAGGUGAUAACCCCAGAGGAAAUUGUUGACCCCAAUGUAGAUGAACAUUCCGUGAUGACAUACCUGUCCCAGUUCCCCAAGUCCAAACUGAAGCCUGGUGCACCCCUGUGCCCAGGACUCAACCCCAAGAAUGCCUGCGCAUACGGACCAGGAGACAGCAGUAAAGCUACAGCCCAGGGACCUGGACUAGAACCUGCUGGGAACAUCGCCAAUAAGACCACAUACUUUGAUGUCUACACCGCAGGUGCUGGUGUGGGAGAGGUGGAGGUGGUGAUCAUGGACCCAGCGGGUAAGAAGGACGUGGUGGUGAGUCAGAUAGAGGAUAAGGGCAACAGUUCGUACCGCUGCACCUAUAAACCCACCCUGGAGGGGGCCCACACCAUCUACGUUACCUUCGCUGGAGGACAAAUCAGCAAGAGCCCCUUCACUGUGAACAUAGGAGAGGCUUGUAACCCCAGCCUGGUUCGGGCUAAGGGGCGUGGUCUCCAGCCUAAAGGCCUCAGGGUUAAAGAGACAGCUGACUUCAGAGUCUUCACUAAAGGAGCUGGGACAGGAGAACUCAAAGUCACCAUCAAGGGCCCCAGUAACACACAGAACACAUCCCCCAGCCCGUUGGAGGUGAAGAUUGGUUCGGAGGCAGGGCCACAGAAUGUACGUGCCUGGGGGCCUGGCCUGGAGACCGGCAUUAUGGGUAAAUCUGCCGACUUCGUAGUCGAGGCCGUCGGAGACAAUGUGGGAACACUGGGUUUCUCGGUGGAGGGUCCGUCCCAGGCGAAGGUCGAGUGUGAUGAUAAGGGCGACGGGUCAUGUGACGUGCGGUACUGGCCAAUGGAAGCAGGAGAGUAUGCGGUGCAUGUGCUCUGUAACAACGAGGACAUCCAGCACUCUCCCUUCAUGGCUGAAAUCACUGCUGCUCUAAACAAGGACUACUACCCUGAUAAG